AAGGAGGUCUACACGUCUUGUGGAGAAUCAGUAGACUUUCUGAAAUUCUGGAUACACAAAGUCUGUGGAAGAAUACGUAUACCGAAACAGUUCUCCCACAGUGAGGACUGAUGCUCUCAGUCUGACCAGAGUACCAACCCCCUGCCCAUGUGACCCAAAGGGAGGACCCACUGCCUUAAAGAUAUGAGAGUUAAGCCUGAGUAAGUGCUGAAGAGAUCGGGGAGGGGGGGGUGACCCAGGAAUGUGCCAUGGGGUAUGACGUCACCAGGUUCCAGGGGGAGGUGGAUGAGGACCUGCUCUGUCCCAUUUGCAGCGGGGUACUGGAGGAGCCAGUGCAGGCACCGCACUGUGAACAUGCCUUCUGCAAUGCCUGCAUCACUCAGUGGUUCUCACAGCAGCAGAUCUGCCCGGUGGACCGCACUGUGGUGACUCUGGCCCAUCUCCGGCCCGUGCCCCGCAUCAUGCGUAACAUGCUCUCCAAGCUGCAGAUCUCCUGCGACAACUCCAGCUUCGGCUGCACCGCCACCCUUCGGCUGGACCAGCUCCAGUCUCACCUGAAAGACUGUGAGCACAACCCCAAACGGCCCGUCACCUGUGAUGAGGGCUGUGGCCUUGAGAUGCCCAAAGAUGAACUGUCCAGUCACAACUGCAUCAAACACCUGCGUAGCAUGGUACAGCAGCAGCAGACCAAGAUCGCCGAGCUGGAGAAGACUGCCGCAGAACACAAGCACCAGCUAGCAGAGCAGAAGCGGGACAUCCAGCUGUUGAAAGCCUACAUGAGGGCGAUUCGCAGCGCCAACCCAAACCUGCAGAACCUGGAGGAGAGUAUAGAAUACAAUGAGAUACUGGAGUGGGUGAACUCUCUCCAGCCAGCACGUGUUACUCGAUGGGGGGGGAUGAUCUCCACCCCUGACGCUGUCCUUCAGGCUGUCAUCAAACGCUCUUUGAUCGACAGCGGCUGCCCCCUGUCCAUCGUCAAUGACCUCAUUGAGAACGCCCACGAACGUAACUGGCCACAGGGCCUGGCCACGCUGGAGACGCGGCAAAUGAACCGCCGCUACUACGAGAACUACGUGGCCAAGCGCAUCCCGGGGAAGCAGGCGGUGGUGGUGAUGGCCUGUGAGAACCAGCAUAUGGGUGAAGAUAUGAUCCUGGAGCCAGGCCUGGUCAUGAUUUUCGCCCACGGUGUGGAGGAGAUUCUAUAGUCUGUGCAGUGAAGGGAGAUAGACUGAUAAACAGAAAACUGUGGAGACGGCUUUACUGAGGAUACAUCAGAGACCCCUCUAAAAAAAACCCAAAAAGAAUCAAAGAAAAAGAAUUAGUCCCUCUCAAAUUGAAGAUUGUGGUGGGCGUGCCAGUCUCUUUGCCUUAAACAAUCGUUCUAAAUAUUGUUGUCUCUCCCAACAAUAAAAAGAACCACAGCAGACAGAGACACAACCCCUGAUCAUGGCUUCAAUAAGUUCCAAUUACAUUUCCCUGCUAAAAUCCACCCACACUCCCAUGCUGAUGAGGAAACUCUAUGCUGAAGCCACGCCCCCCUGCCCCAUCAGUCUUGUAAAUUGUCUUAAAAACUGUCAUGUAAAUACAGAGGAUAAAGAUAUAUAAACAUUUACGCUUACGUGUUAUCGUUUGUGAUAGAAUUGUGGACUUGUUGCCAUUUUCAUCUUAACGUGCUCAGUUUGAGUGUGUGUGUUCUUAGUUUCCCUGAAUCUCAGGAUGCUUUUAACAGAAGAGUUGCUGUGGAACAGGCUAGAGGAAGAGCUUUCUGUUUCCUGCCUGCUUCAGCAGCUCCAGGGACUUAAUAAGGAGAGGGGAGUCAUUACUCGUGUCUAAUGCACAGCAGAGGUUUUGUGCACUGGUUGGUGAUGAGAGACAGAAGGAACCUGAAAGAGUCUUUGUAAGGAAAGAUCCCAAGAGGCAAGCUCUGAGACCUGCUUGCUCCUGGAUGUCUGAAAGACCAGGAUGUAAAACAAAAACUCUGCUCUACAGAGUGACACAGUCAUGCUGACUGGAUUUCUUCUGUCCGCAAUGACACAUUGAGAACUUAGUGAAGCUGACAGAGAAUGAGGACCACUCCUCUGUAGCCUGGAUAGAGUACCUGUGCCAUACACAGUCCAGUAGCAGGAGGCAGAGGUGGAAUACAGUGUGUCUGGAGAAGUACCAGCUCUUGCUUCUCUGGACUUGUGUGCUGAUCUUCAAAUAGAUCGACCAUUGUGUGUGUGAGGAAUUAAAGGAAUGAAGCCGGCAGGACGGUUUUGGUUUGUGCAAUUGAUUCCACUGUACAGGAAAAGUUAUUGGUUUGGGAAAUUGUAUUGCAAAUGUUUAUCUAUUUUUGUUGAUGUUGUACAUAGUUGAUAUGAGAAAAUGGUCCAGGUAAAAUCUGUCAUGCUUCAUUUUUCUCUUUUAAGCAACCAAAGUCUAUAAAUGUAAAUGAA